GCUUGUCGCGUCGUUACACUAGCGGGCGUUGUGUGAACAUUGAAUAUCGAAUCCCGCAUAAAUAUUGCCAAAGCGAAGUGUAAUUCCGUCUUGUGGACAGUUUAGUGUGUUGUGAUUAUCAGUGUGGUGUGGUUGCGGAUAACGACAUAAAAAUGAAGCCACUAUUUUAUAUAGUGGUGACCUGCUUGAUACUGGCAAUCAAAGCCCACCCCGAGAACAUUGAAGAUGUCAAGGAUCUGCCCCAAGCCAAUGAGCCAGUACUUGAGGCCGAAGAAAGCGAACCUCAAGCGAGGAUAGAACGUUGCACCACAUGUACGCAAAACCUCAAGCUCAGCUCCCCUACAGACGUUCUGGCUGCCAUCAAGAACCUGCCUGGUGAAGUCCACACACAGCAGUCUUUCGAAGGCUGCUCCACGGAGAAAGGCUGCGCUGGUAUUAAGCUGAAGGACGGAAAAGUCGUCGAGAAAUUCGGGGACGUUGAGUCGUUCAAGAAUGCGGCCGCUCUAGACAAAUCCAAGGAAUUCACUUUCCACCAAGCCGGGACGUUCGGGAAACUCAUCGAGGGAAAAAUACCCGACAACGGUCCCUUCUGGUGGAUGAAUCAAAACUCCCCCUUCAAGAACACCGGAGGCUUCGAGAAGUUCAGCAAAGCGAGUUCGAGCUACACCAGCGCCACGGGUGGUGGAAUCGAUCUGGCCGGAAACCCGUUCCUGAACGGUGACUUCUCCAAGUUGGGUGCUGGCUUCGCUGGCGCCGGUGCUGUUGGACAACCGACCAACAACUUCCAGUCUUCGGCAUUUGAGUCUUCCUCCACUUACAGCAGCUCAGGGGGACUUGAUGUGUCCGGCAACCCGUUUUUAAAUGGAGGAGUUAGGUUGGGUCAAGGAGGAAUCGGAGGUGGGCAAGGCGUCGCCGGCGCUCAGGGCAUCGGCGGCGGCCAAAUUGGCCAAGGUUUUGCCCAAAACGCCUUUGCCGGCAGCGCUCAAAAUGGCUUCGGCUACACUGGGUCCUCGCCCAGACCGUUCUCCGCUUCCACGCCCGGGUCCAACGUGAACCUCAUCCAGAACGCGCAGAAGGGCGGUGGAUACGAAUACGAACAGAACGCCCAGAGCGUCGACGAAGCAUUCCAGAGUACUGGGAACGUUAUAACUCCGGAUAAUGGAGGGGAGAUACAGCAGACCUGCGCCGGGCAGGGCUACGUGUGCGUCCCGCGCACCCAGUGCAACAACGGCAUUGUCAGUGCCAACGGAGCGGCGUUACUCCAAGCCAACACGCAGAAACAAUACUGCAACGUACGCAGCGAAAUCUGCUGCAGAAUCGAGAUCUCCGGUCUUGCUGGAGCUGGCUCUAUCCAAGGCUCACUCGGAGUAGACUCUGCUUCCUACUCUGGUCAGGGAACGAAUCUUUUCGCAACGAAUCAAGGAGCUGCGAACAACUUUGGAGCCUUCGAUUCCGCAAACAGGGCUUCUAGUUUUGGAGCGUCCAACUUCGGAAGUGGUGCUGCAGUGAACAGAGCUUUUGAUUCAAGAGGAGCAUCAGGCAUCUCUACUAUUGGGUCGACUCUCGUUCCCCCCACUACAGCCGGUCGCUUCGGCUCUACUGGUUUUGGCAACGAAGUCUUCAAAGCGACAAGCCAAUCGAACUUUAUCGAAACCGAUUCAUUCUCCGCCGGUAGUGACGUGGCCAGUUCUUACAGACCAGGCGCAAUCGGCUCCGGAUUGAAACCCGGUAUUCCCUAUCUACCACCAGUCGACAACACCAACAGUGGAUCUAAUGUGGUGACCAGCACGGCUUUCCCGACGACCUUCGUGACGACACCGCGUCCGUUCUCAACUCCUCGUCCGGUUACUCCUAAGCCUACUUACCUACCGCCCAUCAUACCUUCGACAUCUGCCCCUGGAUACUUGCCUCCCGUAGCAGACUCAUCCAACAACAGGGAGACCCGUCUUCCCCCUAACAAGGUUUACAAUGAGGGAAGCGUGAUCUUGGACGAAACAAGACAGCCUACGACCAGACCAACAGUUUUCACUCCAGGUCCUUCACCAAGUGAAAUUCCUGCUGGAUGCGCUGCUGCCCUCAAGUGUACUCCUAUCGAAUUCUGCACAGCGGAAGGUGUCAUCUCAAACACUUCAGUCAUCCUGAGUCGCGAACAAGACGCGUACCGAGUACCCUUGACAGACUGCAAAGACCUGGGGUCGGGUCGUAUCGGGAAAUGCUGCCGCGAUCCCUUCUACACUGAUCCAUGGCCAACGAACCAGCUGGGCAAGUGGGUUCCCGGCGUCUUCGGAGGCAACGACGGCAAAUACGUACCAGACAGUCGCGUCAGCCCGUCUACUAACGUGCGACCUCAAGUCACCGGCAGACCCCCCACCUCUCCUUCCACUGGAUCAGUCAUCUUGAACAACUUCAGGAAUACCCCUAAACCAAUUUCACCAACACCUGGACCCAACCAACUGUCUCCUGGUUACCCGUCGAGCACCCUGGCUCCUGCCUUCGUGCAGAAGAAUCAGUUCAACCAAGGAUCGUACGGUCAGAAGGGCGUUGGGCAAGGCAGCGUUAUCGGAGUUGGACAAAACGGCCAAGGUAACCAAGGCUCUUAUGGCCAAGGUUCGCAAUUCACGCAAACCUCAUCAUCGAGAGGCCAAGGACAGUUCCCAGGUGUUGGCCAAGGACAGUUCCCAGGUGCUGGCCAAGGGCAGUUCCCAGGUGCUGGCCAAGGACAGUUCCCAGGUGCUGGCCAAGGACAGUUCCCAGGUGCUGGCCAAGGACAGUUCCCAGGUGUUGGCCAAGGACAGUUCCCAGGUGCUGGCCAAGGGCAGUUCCCAGGUGCUGGCCAAGGACAGUUCCCAGGUGCUGGCCAAGGACAGUUCCCAGGUGCUGGCCAAGGACAGUUCCCAGGUGCUGGCCAAGGGCAGUUCCCAGGUGCUGGCCAAGGGCAGUUCCCAGGUGCUGGCCAAGGAAAGUUCCCAGGUGCUGGCCAAGGCCAGUUUCCAGGUGCUGGCCAAACCGGGAUACAAGGAGUUGAUGUUGGCGUCACUCAAGGAUUUGGCCAAGGUGCCUCCCAAGGAAUUGGCCAACAAGCCAUUUUCGGUCAAGGAAACAGAGGCCAAUUUGGCCAAGGCACCCAGACUGUCUUCGGACAAGGACAGGGGGUCAGCCAAAAAAAAGGUUUUGGAGUCUCUCAAGGCGCUGGAGUCGGUAUCAGGAACCAAGGAGCCGGCCAAGGUACACGUGUUACCUCUGACCAAGGCCAAGUAUACGACCAAGGUGUUGUCCAAACCGUACAACAGGGCGUCGUCACCGCAGCGCAGCAGGGCGCAGGACAAGGAGUUAAGUACGGCCAAGGUCAAGGCUUCCAACAAGGAGGUGGCGUUAGCGUCAGUCAAGGAAGCUAUGGUCAAGGAGAGUCACAGGGUGCCGGCAUCAGUGCAAGCCGUGGCUCCGGACUGGCUGUCAAUAAAGGAGCUGGCUUCGGAGUUAACCAAGGCACCGGUCAAGGCCAAAGUGGAGGAUUCGGUGUUAGUCAGUCUACCGGUCAAGGUUUCAGUCAAGGCACUGGUUUAGGUGUCAACCAAGGAACGGAAGAAGGAAUUAUCCAAAAUGGCGGUUUCGGGGUUGUCAGAGGAUCUGGAACUGCCAUCACCCAAGGAGGUGGAUUUGCAAUCAGCCAAGAAACAGGUCAAGAAAGCAGCUUCAGGGUUAACCAAGGUAGCGCUGGACAAGGAAUAUCUCAGAGCGGUGGCUUCGGAAACGGCCAAGGUGCGGGUCAAGGAGGCUUCGGGCAAGGUGGCAGCUUCGGUGUUGUUCAAGGAGGCGGAUUCGGAGUAAGAGGUCAAGGCUUUGGCGUGAACCGCGGUGUAGGCAUCGCGGUCACAGGUGGUCAAGGAGAAGCGAUAAAUCAAGGCUUUGGCCAAGGUGUUUACAACGGCGGUGGUUUCGGUACGGGCCAGCGUCUGGUCUCCGGCCGAGGGCAAGCGCUCGUCCAGGGCGAAGGUCAGACAGUCAUCCAGGGAGUCGGCACCGGGGUCAGACAAAGCCAGGGUUUCACCGUCACACAGGGCAACGGCGUUGGAGUCGAGAAUGAGUACAGUGCCUCAACGCAGCGGGUGUUCUUGAAGAGAUACUCCGGCGGUGGACAAUGUGGGCUUUUGAAUCCCCAGAAACCAUACGGCAACCGGAAUGAUCUAGAAGUAGACUUCGCGGAGAUACCCUGGCAAGCGAUGGUGCUCCUCCAGACCAACAGGAGCCUGCUGUGCGGAGGAGUCAUCACCAGGCCUGAGGUGGUUGUCACUUCAGCAUCAUGCGUCGAUGGGCUGGACGCGAAAAACGUUCUGAUCAAAGGCGGAGAAUGGAAACUCGGGAUUGACGACGAGCCCCUCCCCUUCCAAAUAGUCCAGGUUAAGACCAUCAUCCGCCAUCCGGAAUACAAGAAGGGAAGCCUGAAAUACGACGCAGCCAUACUGGUGCUCUCGGAGAAUCUGCGGUUCGCGAAGAACAUCCAACCGAUAUGUCUCCCCGCAGCCGGAGAGACCUUGGACGCGUAUUACAAUGGAGCUGGAGAAUGCAUGGUGACUGGCUGGGGAAAGAUCGUCUUGCAAGCUCAUCUGUCGGGAAGCAUCAUGCAUUCUCUAAACGUUUCUCUCAUCAAUCCUGGUGAGUGCGAAGCCAAGUUGUCUCAGGACUACCCCCACCUGCUGGAGCAGUACGACCAGGAUAGCUGCGCAUGUGGGCAGCCCACCAACCCACUCAACAAUAUAUGCAAGGUUGACAUUGGCAGUGCCCUGGCGUGCACAACAGGAGACAGCCAUUUCGUGCUACGAGGAGUCUACUCUUGGGACUCUGGUUGUCAGGUCGGUAACCAAAUAGCGGGCUUCUACAAGUUCGACAUUGAGUGGUACGAAUGGGCCAUAGGACUGAUCGAGAGCGUUCGUUUCACUAAAUACACGAUCGGUACGAAGUUGACGCAGAGCAAGAUCACCAGUCAAGUUUCCAGCGUCAAAACCAGUCAGUACACAGCCGGAGUUAAGGGCGUUAAUGAAGUUGGUCAGGUUAAAGCUGACGGUUUGGCUCAGGGACAAUUCGCUGUGAAAGACGACGGGUUCGCUCAAGGGCAAUUCGCCGCUAAAGACGACAAGUUCGCUCUAGGGCAAUUCGCUGCCAAAGGCGACGGGUUCGCUCAAGGGCAAUUCGCUGCCAAAGGCGACGGGUUCGCUAAAGGACAAUUCGCUGCCAAAGGUGACGGGUUCGCUCAAGGACAAUUCGCUACCAAAGGCGAUGGGUUCGCUCAAGGGCAAUUCGCCGCGAACACCGACUCGAAAACCCAAGGUUUCACCGGACAAUUCAACCAGUACGGAACUAAAUUCUCCGAGGUCAAAGCCGGCGAGGGCAUAAGCUUCGACACCCAAGUCAAGGGUCCGAUAUCGAACACUUUCAGCGCGACCUACACCGAGAAGAAGGUGUACCAGUCCGAGCCGAAGAUAGUGACGUACACGACGAAACCAGAGAUCGUGACCUUCACCACGAAACCGGAGUACUUCACUUACACGACCAAACCGAAAAUCGUGCGCUACACGACCAAACCAGAGAUCGUGACCUUCACAACGAAACCCGAAUACUUCACUUACACGACCAAACCGAAAAUCGUUACCUACACCACGAAGCCGCAACUCAUAACGUACGAGACUUCUGGAAGCGGAACGAACCCCCAGUACGUGGCCCCGGGGGUGUCCUUCAACCCGUCCUUGACAGACGCCCUGCACAAACACGACGGCCAAUGCAAAUGCUUGGAGGGUAAAAAAUAAACGUGACCUCGACAAUUCAAAACGGAGUCGAAGUGCCAUACAAAUAUAAUUUAUCUUAUUUUCUCUUGUAAACGAAUUCGACAGUACAAAGACACUCCAGUUCCUAUGAGAGUUACCAGUUUUGAAAAAAAAAAAUUAUAUGUAUAUAUAUUUACAGACAACGUAAUUAAUGUCGUUUUUUCAUAUUGUAAUUCGUUUUUUUUUAUGUAUUUUAUAACCAUUUUUCAGAGUAGCAUCUGUGCAGCUAAUGAUAUUACCAAAAUAAUUGUGCUAAUGUUUUUUUUUUUAUAUUGAUUAUUUAAUAAUAUUCAAACCAUAUAAAUGUUAGUAAUCUUUCGGAUUGUUUUUGCUUCAAUUAAUAACUUCAUUCAAUGCCGCUCCGUUAUCGAUACUGUAAAUAGAUAGGAAGGAUAUUUAAUUAUUAUAUUCAAUUUGAUAUUAUAAUUUUAUCUGUUUUAUUGUGUCAGUUUUAAAUAUUAUUAGUAACGGCUUUAAAAAUACUGCCAUUUUUUUUGUAUUAAUUACUUUCUAUUUUCCGUUUCGUUUUUAUUUUCUAACUAGAAAAUUAGAUUUUUGACCAUUUCGAUUCGUUAAGCUGCGACAUGGUCGACUCUUUAAUUUAAAAAUAAUUAAGUAUUUUUGUAUGAUAAUUAUACUAUGUAUAUUGGUAUGUAAGAAACACGCGGACGGUUCAUAUUGAAACAGAUAAUAUAUUUUCUAAUUAUAAUACAUAAAUAGGAUUUAUAAUAAAAAAAAAUCGAAAUAAAUGAUAUAUUUUAAUUAAAAUU